GCGGCCGAUCCAUUUUUCGGCGCUACGCGACUCCCGCAACCACUCGUCGCGGUCUCCUAUUAGAUCACGAAGAACCGUCCGUCCGUGAUCGCAUCGUACGGUCUUCCCCUUUAUAACACCGCGCCUUGCCUGCGUCUCCCGUUACCUUGUCAAACGCCGCUCGAGAGACCUCGUUUGCUUUCGCUUCUUACCUUGCGUAGGAAGCUUAGAGAUUUCAAGAGGGUGAAAUCAUGUCUGGAGGAAUAGCACGCGGUCGUCUUGCUGAAGAACGCAAAGCAUGGCGUAAGAAUCACCCCCAUGGUUUUGUGGCCAAGCCAGAAACAUCAGCAGACGGUACUGUGAACCUGAUGGUAUGGCAUUGCAUCAUCCCUGGCAAGCAGGGGACUGAUUGGGAGGGUGGCCACUAUCCUCUAACGCUCCAUUUCAGUGAGGACUACCCCAGUAAACCACCCAAGUGUAGAUUCCCACAGGGCUUCUUCCACCCAAAUGUGUAUCCUUCAGGAACGGUGUGCCUCUCGAUUCUCAAUGAAGACAACGUAAUCUGCACGCUCUUACUCCCCCACUUCAUUGGCGCGGCGCUACCAUCAGAAACAGUGCUUUUGACCCGUUCUUUGUCAUCUGCAGGGGUGGAGACCAGCCAUAACGGCGAAACAAAUACUAGUGGGGAUUCAGGACUUGCUAGAUCGGCCGAACCCUGCCGAUCCCGCUCAGGUCGAUGGCCAUCAGCUCUUUAUUCAGGUCAUGGCUUCUCCCAGGCCUUGUGAUUGCACUCGUUAGUUUUGUGAUUCUGAUGUUGGAAAGCUAACAAGCCUAUGAAACUUGCAGGAUCUAUCGGAGUACAGAAGACGUGUUCGACAGCAAGCCAAGCAGUAUCCCGCUCUUAUCUAGUCUUUCCGGCUCCUUGUUAUCCUUCUUGCUUCUCGAUAUGAUAAUAAUGUGGCGACAUAACCUCCUAAAUGCAUAUAGCCUAAUAUUCUAUGGGUGUCUGCUGUUUAGGUUCAUCAGGAUUUAACGUCCAACAGGUUGAAUCUGAUUCCA